AAACAUAACAUCCGGUUUUUCACGACGCAAAACGAGACCAAGUCAUCGAUUGUCGAAAGGUUUAAUCGUACGCUCAAGACGAAAAUGUGGAAAUACUUUACAGCGAAGAACACGCUCAAGUACGUGGACAUUCUCCAGAAACUGGUAAAAUCUUAUAAUCAUUCGAGACAUCGUAGUAUUGGUAUGAGGCCUGUUGAUGUAAAUGAAGACAACGAGAGCAUUGUGUGGCAAAAACGUUAUGGAGAAGAGUCAGACAAACCCGUUCGGUUUAAGUUUAACAUUGGCGAUCAAGUACGAAUCGGCAAAGCAAGGCGCACAUUUAAGAAAGGAUACUUACCUAGUUGGACCGAGGAAGUGUUUACGAUAACCAAACGUGUUCUUCGACGACCACCCGUGUACAAGAUCGCUGAUUUUGAUGACGAAGAAUUGAAAGGAACAUUUUACGAACAAGAGCUUCAAAGAGUGAAUAAAACAGACAGUGAUUUUUAUAGAGUCGAAGAAGUACUUAGAUCACGCAUGCGUAAUAAACGUAAAGAGUAUUCUGUAAAAUGGCUGGGCUACUCCGAUAAAUUUAAUUCUUGGGUACCAGCAGAGAGUGUAAAAGAUAUUAAAUAA